UCUUUCCAUAAGUAUUAAAUAAUUCCUUCGAGGGCUUGCCACUGGGUGCACUCCUCUCUCUUCUAUCCAUCUAUUUCGCCCCCUUCCGCAAUGAAAUAGUGUUUUUUAAGCAUAGCAUGGGUUGUCUGGCGUGACGGAAUGCGCGAUAAUUAGGAUUUAAACUUGGCGGCAGAGGCGUGCGAGGGAGGCCGCGGUCAAGGGUUUCGCUCGCCUCUUGGCUAUUGUCUGCUGCUCGGUCGGCGCCGCAGUAUAGCUAGCGCGUUUCGGUAUUUGGUCCGCAAUCUGUGUGAAUUUAUUAGUUGUUUCGCGUAAGAGUAGUAAUUAAUUAGAUGGGAAUAAGUGCGAAAUUGGGGUGAGUAGAGCGAGCGCCGCGCGAGCGCCAUUUUCCAUUUGUUUGCGCCUCGUCGUCAUUGGUUCCAAUACGAUUCUGCAGCGCCAGGCCGGUUUUGCAAUCCCAUGGCCCUGUCUCGGGAGGAGUGAAUCAUCCACGCCUCUAGAGCACGUUAAGAAACAAGGAGAGCCGCCGCGAGAUGCGCCAGAGCUCUCGCGAUCGCGUAAAUAGGGCUUCGUAUUGGUCGUUUCAGAAGAGUUCGCGAGCGGCGGGGCAGCAGUGACAAGUCUCGGCGAAUGCAGCUCCUCCGCCGGGACCCCGAUGCUCUCGCCCGCACUGCGCUACGACGCCCGUAAUCUGUGGAGGAACAAGUCUCGGUAGUGUCGUGUAGCCCCGCAGUCUAUAUGUGUGUGCGGUUGCCCCUGGUGACGGGGGUGGUGGCAAGCUGCAGACAUUGGGCGCAUAGCGAGCAAACACGCCUUGAAGGUCCCUGUGUCUGGCAAGAACGGCUGUGCUGGGAGUCGUGAUCGAGGCGGCCGACGGACCGCUAAGGGUUCUGGAGGAGGAGGAGGCGGGGCAGGAGGAGGAGGGGCGCCCCCGGGAGGCUGCGAGGCCGAAGACGGGAAUACUGUGGUGCCGCCAGUCAUGAACCACGUCACGGAGCCGCCCACCCCAGACAACCACCUCGAGCUCAUGGACACGCAGGAAGAAGAAGUAGCAGAGGAUGGAGGAGGGGACGGAGGAGGAGAUGGAGGUGGAGGGGGUGGGGGUGUAAUAUCAGAAGGUGGGGAGGAGGAGCAGAUGAAUGGAGAUGCCCAGGAAGUGUCUUCAUCCACCACACAACAUGACACAGAAAUGGAUGAAGGUAUGUGGAGAAUUGCCAAAGUACCUUCUUUCUUCAAUUCUGGUAAAAUGAAGAUAUAUAUUGCUAUAGAGAUGUCCUUGUAUGUGGAUUUGGGCAUUUUACAAAAUACCCUUUUUCUCCAGUACUGGUAA